AUGACUUCAGUAAAGAACGAAAGCAAAACCCUCUAUAAAGAAAAAGAGCAGCGAUCACGUACUUUAAGUAAAAAAAAUAAUUUGCCAGUAGUAUCUCGCAUAAUUCAAACUAGGAAAUUUAAAUUCUUCGAAGAAGGAAAAAACCCAUCAAGUUCUGCGCCGAAUUUUUUAGCUAAAAAAGAAAAUAAUUUUUUUGAAAUUUCUAAGCCAUUUGAAAGAAAAAUUCAAUUGCCAUUGCUGAAAAGCACAAAAAUCCAGAAUAAAGGAAAGUUUGGCUCGAUGUCGAAAACUGUUCCUUUUGGGGAACGGCUUUUUAUAGCAGAUAGUGAUUACCCUGAUGUAAUUUCAUGUUUGAAAUCAAGAGGAUGAAGAGAAUGCCAGGAAUUGAAUAAAGAUAGAUGCAUUUUAAAAUUUCUGAAAAAUCCGAAACUCCCUGAAUCUAUUAAACCUAAUCAAAUUAUUAACCAUUUGUCAAGAAUUGACGAGGUCUCCACAAAAGUAAAAAUCUGCAGAAAUUUGAAAAAAUUCCCUAUAAGCUAUGAUUUUUUUCCCGAAUGUUAUAUUAUUAGCCCAAAAGAUUCAGCGGAUGAGUUUAUAGAGGCUUUUAAGAGAAACCAAGCAGAGUCUAUAUUAAAGCUUUAUAAAGAAAACGAAAGCCAAGUAACUCAUGAUGAUUUAAUCAAAUCGCUAAAUAUUAUACAAAGAAAAAUAGAAGAAAAACCAAUAAAAAAAGGUAUAGAAAAUUAUAAUAGCCUGGUAGAAAAUUUUUUAAAAGUCCUGGAAAAUGAUAAACAGUAUAAAAUUAGAGGAACAAAAAACAUAUGAAUUGUAAAACCAGGGUUUAAAUCAAGAGGAAGAGAUAUAAUGCUAUAUAGGUCACUUGAAGAAAUUUUGGAGUACACUAAAAACAAUUCUUGGGUUAUCCAAAAAUAUAUAGAAAACCCUCUGAUUAUAAACAAAUAUAAAUUUGAUAUCCGCCAAUGGGUAUUGGUCACUUGUUUCUCUAAUUUUGAAAUAUUUUUCUAUAAGCAAUGCUAUUUGCGUUUUUCAGCUAAAGAAUACGAUUUAUCUGAAAUUAAUGACCUAUAUAUUCAUUUAACAAAUAACUCUAUAGCAAAAUAUAGCCCUCUGUUUAGCCAGAAUGAAAGUAUGUGGCAUAUUGAUCAAUUUCGCCAAUGACUAAUAGAAAAAAAUAAUGAUGAUAUAUGAGAUAAAUCUAUACUACCUAAAGUCAAAAACAUUGUAUUAAAUACAAUUAAGUCAGCUAAAGAAAAAAUUUCUGCGAAAAGAAAUACUUUUGAGCUCCUUGGGUUUGAUUUUAUGAUUGAUUCGGAUUUCAAGCCUUGGCUAAUAGAAGUGAAUACUAGUCCUGCCAUGGAUUAUAGCACAGUAAGAUAUAUUUAGAACAUAACUAAAGAACUUGUCCAGCAAGUACUUCCAGACACUCUAAAAGUGAUAUAGCAUCUGAAAUAUUUUAGAUCAUUAUUGACCAUACAUUUUAAUUUUUCAAAAUUAAUUUAUAUUUGCCAGCUUUUUUGAAAAGUAAAAAGGAAAACGAAAAAUCCGGUUUAUGGUUUUAAGAUGCCUAAUCAGACUUAGACUGCAUAAGGCAGGUGCCCCUGAACCAUAUUUUUCUUAUCGGUAUUCUGUUGGGGCAUAGCAAUCUAUUAUGGUGCAUAAACUAUACUUGAUUAUGACUUUGGCUUCAUCCAGUGAAUUUAUCUCAGCAAAGAUGGAGGAGUAUUCAAACUCAGCCAUCCUUAACGCUUGAUUUCCAUCAGGGGAAAUAUCAUUUCUGGAAUCCAGCGACCAACCCAAAGUUGUGGAGUCUGAUCUUUGUGAAUGCUUGACAGACUAAGUUGGUAAGCACGAAAGCUGGAAGAAAGCCUCUAAUUAUUAGAAAAUAAGCUUGAGCUAGUGAAACAAGUAAGUGAUCAGUAGCUCCACAAGUAACUUUUUCGUGAAAGCCCUAACGUAAGUAACAUAAAACAAAGGCGUUAAACUUUAAAUUAAUUAAAUUGAUACUUGAUUAUUCUUCUGACCCAACUGCAUCAAUUGGAGGCUUCGAAAAGUUAUCACAAAGUUUAUAA